AUGGGCAAUUCCGAAGUAACAUUGAACUUUAAAACCCUCUCUAAAAAACAAUUUCAACUCACCUUCAAUGCAAGCGAAACGCUCGAAGUUGUGAAAGAAAAAGUUGCUGUCCAUGAGCAUCUAUUGGCAUCCACUGUUAAGCUUGUUUAUCAAGGAAAAGAAUUAACUGAAAGCACCAAAACAUUACAAGAAUUAGGAUUUGAUCCAAACAUUUCAAUAAUUGUAGUUGGUAAAAAAACAAAAUUGCAAACCCAAACAACAAACAAUGCCUCCUCACCAUCAAAUGUAAAUAAUAAUAUUACACAAAUUGAAGAACAAAUUCAAAAAUCAACUCCAACAAAAGAAGAAAUUACACUUUCGAAAAUUAAUGAAAUUCAACAAAGGGCUGAGAAUUUAGAACAAGAGGUUAAAAGUUUGAAAGAUAAAAGAGAAGAAUUAGGUGAAAAGAAAUACAUAUUUGAAAAAAAGAAAUGUGACGAAUAUCUAACACUUUGUUUGAUAGAUUUAGAUGGAAUUAAUGUUGAGGGUAACGAAGAGCUUCGAAAAAAGCGAAGAACGACCAUUGUUUUCAUUCAAUCAGUUCAAUCAUUCAUAGAGUCCAAUCUUUAA